GCUUCCAGCUCUGAUACUGUAGGUGGCGGCGUAUGUCAAAGCGGAGUGCUAUAGAAAUACACCAAUAGAGGCGUUUUUAAGGAAGUUUUGUAAGGGAGCAAAGCGGAAGACUGCAACUAGGCGGGCUUUCUCCCCCCUUAGCAACGGUUCCUCCGUACAGCCUAGCAACCUCCUCCGGAUCCAGCAGAGGACCGGGGAGUAGUCCGGCGCUAUGGCGGCCCAUGUCAGCGAGCUGGAGGCGGCGAAGAAGAACCUAAGCGAAGCCCUGGGAGAGAAUUUGAAGCAGUACUGGGCAAACCUGAAGCUGUGGUUCAAACAGAAGAUCAGUAAAGAAGAGUUUGACCUCGAGGCCAGGCGGCUGCUCAGCCCAGGGAACGUGCACUUCCACAAUGACUUCCUGCUGGCCAUUCUCACCCGCUGCCAGAUCAUGGUCUCCACCCCAGAGGGUCCUGGCUCUUUGCCUUGGGCUGGGGGCUCUGCCUCUAAGCCUGGGAAGCCCAAAGGAAAGAAGAAGUUCUCCUCAGUCAGACAGAAAUUUGACCACCGCUUCCAGCCCCAGAACCCCCUCAGCGGCGCGCAGCCCUUCAGCCCGAGGGAGGCCGGGGCGGAGGAGGAGGAGCUGCGUCUCAGCGCACACACGCUGCUGCUGCCCACCAGGGGGCAGCUGGAGGCUCGGAUGAUGGUGACAGCCUUUGAGCUCGGCUUGGACAACGUCACCGAGGAUGCUGUCAGCACACUGGUCUGCGCUGUGGAGCACCACCUGAAAGAUGUCCUGACAGCCGUGGUCUCCCGGAGAAAGGCGUACAGACUGCGUGACGGGCACUUCCCCUACGCCUUCGGUAGUGACAUCACACCGCAGCCCUACUUGAAGAACAGUGUGGCAGCCUACCAGAGCUGCACAGAGUGUCCUCCCCCCAGCGCCUCUCUGCCGGCAGGGCCGCCCCCCCAGGUGUCGCCAGAUGAGGCAGAGCAGCAGGCUGCACUCCUGUUGGCCUGUUCAGGAGACCGCCUCCCUCCCCCACUGCCCCCUAUCAACAUGUCGGACCUCCUGGAGGCACUGCAGGUUCACCGGGAGGUCAUGCCCUCUCACACUGUGUAUGCCCUCAACAUGGAGCGUAUCCUGGCACGGCUGUGGCACCCCAGUCACGAAGAGCUGGAGCAGGACCACAUCCACCGACGGCGCCUGGCUGCCAAGGAAGGACUUCUGGUCUGUUGACUGGCUCUCAGAGAGACAGAGUGCUUCAGAAAGCAGGCCUGUGUGACCAAGCUUCCCAAGAUAGUACAGUCUCCUCUGGGGCCUCUCCCAAAAUGAACUCGUGCUUUUGGGAAUGUCUACUAGACUGAACUUUUGGUUUCACUUUAAGAGGUGGUUCAAUCCUACUUGUGAUGUAGAAAUACAGAACACUGAGAGCCAGUAUCCAGUAACUGUGGGAGGGGUGGGGGUGUCCCAGAUUCUGAUUGUGGUGAUGAGAAACUCAAGGAUUGUCAAAGGGACUCAAGGUGGUAUUCAAACUUGUACAAUGGGAAGUUCUAAUCGCUGUUUAAACAACCUGAGAAGCACAAGAUUUUUACAAAAACCAGUCUGGUCUUAUGACUAACCUUCACAAUAUAUCAUCACAAAUUGAUGGCCUGGCCACGUCAGAGAUGGAGAGACAGUAGGGGUAUAAACAAAUUCAGGAACUUUCUGCUGAGGAUGGAUUGUGAUAAUGAAAGUGUCUAGUACUGCUGGAGAAGAUUAACCAAGUCAGCGCUGUCAUGAAAGUAGUGAAUGCCAUAUUCAGCACCCUGCUUACUUUCUUCCCUGCACAUAUUUCUUUCCUAGCCCAGCCUGCUCUAAGGAGUCUGAGCAAGAUGAAGUCUUAUGUUAAUGCAGCUAGAUAUCCUCAGGAUCUGCUUAAAUACAUUGAGAAGUGUUUUCCCCCCUUCUCCGACACAUUCAAUCAUACUAACUGAAGUGCUAUUUGUCAGUUGCUGAUUAAAACACCCCAUGAAGAGCAUACAUUUGUAGUGAUCAUAAAAAGUUACAUAAACUGUCAUGAGUGUAUAAAUCCGUCUUAUGCUAAUAAUUUAAAAGAUGCUCUUGCCUUUAUGAGGCUUAACCAAAAAGUAAAGGGAUGAACAGCUCCAGUUCAGUCCAGGUCAGUGGGUUUAUUCCACAUCAGCUUUCUCUUUGCUACAUCAUUUACUUUCUUGAUGAAAAGGAUCAUUCCAAGGCCUCUUGUUGAUGACUUGAAGCUUACCUGUUAAACCUACACAGCGGUGCAGAUCUCAAGGCUGCUAGAACCCGCUUCUGUCUGUCUGCAGCGUGACUCACCCCACCUUCCUGAGCUAUAGCGGACGGGGCUGUGGCGCUCAACAAGCUCUUGCUGUGAUGUUUUGGUUGUAGACUAUUUACAGGAGAGGUACAAGUAAUUUUGUCAGUACUGACUGUAAAUAGUACAUUGACUUAUGUAAUUAAAAUAACUGAUGCACUUUAUUGCAUUGUUUCUGUAGAAUGUUUUCAAGAAACAACUUUUUUUUCCCCACCUCAAAUACGUUUUCCCAUUUUGCAGUGUUUUGACCCCAAGCAAAUGCUACAUGACAUCUUAAUGCUGGGAACUCCAGUGUAAAGAAAUAGUGAGUUUCAGAGCUGAAAAUUGUACAGGAGGAGAAAUAAAAAAAAGUCUUUUUCAGUAUUUUUUUAAACCCGUGAAACUUUUUUCUGUAAAGGUCAGCUGAUGAACUUCCUAAAAGUACACCGAUUGUUAACAUUCUUGAGACUCAUCAGUUUUAGACAUUUAAGAAAUUGACUAAAAAUAGCCACUAGGUGUCACUAGUGAUCUAUAGUGUUUUAUCCUAUGCAGCGUUUUAGUCAAAUGGAACUUGUGACAAAUGAAUAGCCUACCGCGAAACAAAAUUAAAGUAAUUUGGCAUUGCUGAAACACAACUUGGUUUUCUUGAAUGGUCACAGGACUGAGAUAUUGUCGACUGACACAAAAGGUCACAGGAAUGCAUUGUUUCAUAGUAUAAAUUUAAUCUAAUGUGUAACUGGUCAUUGUGCGUGCUGGAGUUUCCAGUGUUCACAUUAAUAUUAAGAAACUGUAAGCUGUAAACUAGAUUUGCUGCGUAGGUGUAGCAGGUGCUGGUGACUCCUGCUGUUUCUGUACUUAUCCCUCAAAGCCAGAGUGAAUACAGGAGGAUUGUUUACAAACCA